AUGACGAAAUCUUUCAAAGAGUACCAGAAGACCUUCCAGCUCCAGAAUUACCACUACACGCAGCUAGAACUCCCCAUCAGAUUGACAUGUCUCGACAUAGACAAGGACUACAACAUCCGCAUCAGAGCCGAAGUCGCCAACCCCCAAGCCAAUGAAUUUACCGCCAAAAUCUGGACCUGGUUCGACACGAAGCUCUACUCUGCCGGUCUGGAUGAACUCGACUACAACAGUGAUUAUAAUCUGCGGCUGAGACUGGAGACACCUGAUGUCACGCAGACUGGGUUCAAGUGGGAUCUGGAUGUGUUUGAUUCGGAGAUGUAUCAGUCUGGGGCGAGCUACUUUGCGUGUGAUAACUCUGCAUUGUCUUAG